AUGCGUUGCCCCCCAGUGCGAGACAAACGGAGCUCGCUGCAGCAGGAGUGGAAAACGCGCCGCGUUCACACCACAGCAGUCGCGAUGGUGGCAACAAGGUCGCAGACGGGAUCCGUCCCGUCGUCUUCCAGCGCGAGAAAGUACUCUGUGAUCCUGCCCACUUAUAAUGAGAGAGACAAUCUGCCGCUGACGACCUGGAUGCUCGUACGAACCUUCCAAGAACACGACUUGGACUUCGAGAUCGUGGUGGUCGACGAUAGCAGCCCGGACGGAACACUGGCUGUGGCGAAGAUGCUGCAGGGUCUUUACGGGAAGGAGGUUGUGAGGAUUCUCUCUCGGCCUGGCAAAAUGGGCCUGGGAACCGCCUACAUGGACGGGCUGCGGAUGAUAACGGGGACGCACGUGAUUCUCAUGGACGCUGACAUGUCGCACCACCCCAAGUACAUUCCUGAUUUGGUACAGAAAAUGGAAGAAGGGGACCACGACGUCGUGAGCGGGACUCGGUACGGCUUGGGCGGAGGGGUGGCAGGGUGGGACUUGUUCCGAAAGCUGACCAGUCGCGUGGCGAACUUCUUGGCGCACACGUUGCUCUCGCCGGGCGUGACGGAUCUCACGGGAUCGUAUAGGCUCUUCACCAAGGCGGCUCUGGAGGAUAUCAUGAAGGAGGUCACCAGCAAAGGGUACGUUUUCCAGAUGGAGGUAAUCGUGCGGGCGAGACUGAAGGGCUACAGCGUGGGCGAGGUGCCCAUCACGUUCGUGGACCGAAUCUACGGAGAAUCGAAACUGGGGUCGGGGGAGAUCGUGUCCUACUUGAUAGGCCUUGUUAACCUGUUCCUAACCACGUGA